AUGAGCGCCGGAGACAAGUUUACCAAGGACACCACCGCGCAGGAGGUCGCCGAGACGUUUGGCGACCGCAUCAAGGGACGUUAUGUCGUGGUCACUGGCACGUCGCCUGGCGGACUGGGAUACGAGACUGCGCGCGCCAUCGCGACGCAGGGACCCAAGCUGCUCGUGCUCGCGGCGCGCGACCAGGCCAAGCUCGACGCAGCCAAGGCCGACAUCCUCAAGGAGACGCCCUCGGCCAACAUUGCCACCGUCAUCCUCGACCUCGACUCCCAGGCGCAGGUGCGCAAGGCGGCCGCGGACAUCGCGGCGCUCGGCGACCCCGACGUGCUCAUCAACAACGCGGCCAUCAUGAUGAACCCGUACGGCAAGACGAGCGACGGGCUCGAGUCGCAGUUCGGCACCAACUAUGUCGGCCCGUGGCUGCUCACCGCGCUGCUCCUGCCCUCGAUCCUGAAGACGCCUAGCCCGCGCGUGGUUGUGGUGUCGUCGGCGGGCCACCGCUCGUCGGAUAUCCGCUGGGACGACCUCGGAUUCUCCGAGGGCAAGGAGUACGAGAAGCGCGCGGCGUACGGACAGAGCAAGACGGGUAACAUCCUGCACGCGCUCGCUCUGUCCGAGAAGUACGGCGACAAGGGCCUCGUCGCCGUGUCGCUCCACCCCGGCGUCAUCAUGACCAACCUCUCUCGUCAUCUCACGCAGGAGGACUUCAGCGCCUUCUCGGCCUUCUGGAACGAGGAUGGGUCCCCCAAGCCAGGCCUCUUCAAGAGCAUUCCCCAGGGAGCCGCGACGACGGUCACGGCCGCCUUCGACCCCCGCUGGGAGAAGCACAACGGUGUCUACCUCGUCGACUCACAGAUCGCGCCCGAUCUCCCCACGACUGGCGGUGAGGAUCUCCUCGUUGGUGGAAUGGGCUACAUCCUGCCAUAUGCCAAGGACAAGAAGGCCGCGCUGAGGCUUUGGGACCUCACCAACAAGAUUACCGGCGAGAACUUCUGA